AUGCGAAGCUUAGCGUAUCAGAUGGCUGAAAAAAAUGGGAUAUCGCAUCCAUUUGACAAGGAACUCAAGCUAGCUGGGCCAGAUUGGCUAAAAAGUUUUCUUCAGCGUCAUCCAAACAUUGCCCUUCGAACACCGGAAAACACUUCUAUCGCACGGGCAAGAGGCUUCAAUCGGGUCUUUGAUGAGCAUCCUUACCCACCCAGUAGGGUUAUCAACGUUGACGAAACGAGUGUCGGCACUGUCCAGGGACGAAAGACGAAGGUACUGGCAAACAAAGGGCAACAUCAAGUUGCCAGACCAGUUUCGGCAGAAAGAGGUGAAAAUACGACUGUAACGAUGGCCAUGUCAGCUUCCGGUACGUUCAUGGAUCCGUUCUUCAUCUUCCCGCGACAACGGAUGCAUGACGCACUGAUGGUUGGAGCUCCACCGGAGUCCAAUUUCGCUUGCAACUCCAGUGGGUGGAGUACCCUGGAGACGUUCUCUCAAUGGUUCGAUAGCUUCUUGAGGUGCUAUCGUCCUACGAAAGAAGAUCCGGUUUUACUGAUUCUAGAUGGCCAUUCAAGCCAUACUAGAAACCUGGAGGUUCUGGAGAAGGCAAGGGUCAACCACACCCGAAUUUUAUCAAUUCCGCCUCACACAUCUCAUAAGCUACAGCCACUUGAUGUAGCAUUUAUGGGUCCUUUUAAAGGAGCCUAUUCUGAUGCAUUAGAUAGGCUUCUUAAACGGAAUGGUGGAAAAGCAGUAACAAUAUACAACGUUGCUGCUUUGGUUAACGAGGCAUUCGAACAAACUGCCAAGAAGACCGUGGCUCAUAAUGGUUAUAAAACAACCGGUAUAAUGCCAUUUGACCGAAAUAACAGGAAAGAAAUUCAGAAGAAACAUGCAGAAUCCGACGGUAAUGAUCUCAUCAAAGAUGCAACAUCGUCGGAGCCGCACUUGGAUCUCGAUGGAGCUGAGCCUAUCGAAGAAGCGACAUCACCGGAGCCGGGUUUGACCCUCGAAAAUAACCAUAAACACGGAGAGGAGGAUAGAGGUCUGAAAUGA